AUGGUGAAAAAUGUAAUGAAGAAAAUCGCUCGAAUGACUGAUAUAUUUCAGCCAAUUUUUACACACACAAAUAUUACUAAUAAUAAUAAUAGUAGUAAAAUACAAAAAAAUAUUUUAUAUUUUAUUAAUCUAACAAAUUUACAUAUAUAUGAACAAUUAUUAAUUGAAGAAAGUCUAUAUAGGCUGAGUAGUUGCUUAAGUACCAGACUAAAUAAAAUUGGUUUCUUUGUAAUAAAUGAUACAACAAAAAAUAGUAUUAAAAAUAUAGAAAAUAAUGAUAGGCAAAUAAAGCAUUCUCCCAUUAAUUACUCACCAAAUAAUAAAUGUGUUGUAUUUGGAAUGAGUAGAAAAACAAAAGAGCAUACAAAUGAUAUUAAUUAUAUAAAAAAAAAUAAUAUUUUAUUGAUAAAAAGAUAUACAGGUGGUGGUACUGUAUAUAUCAAUAAUAACUGUAUAUUAGCUUCAUUAAUUCUUCCAAACGAUUUUGAAAAAGAAACUAAACUUUAUCCAUCCAAUAUAAGUGAAUGGACAUUUAAUUAUUUCUUUAAACCAUUUAUACAAAAUGAGACUAAUGAUAAAUUCACUUUCAAUAAAACCUUUCAAUAUAAUGAACAUGACUUUGUUUGUAAAAUAAAUAAUAAUUAUAAAGUAGAUAAUACAAAUUGUAGUAUUAAAAAAGUUGGAGGUAAUGCACAAGCAUUUUCAAAAGAUUAUUUUGUACACCAUACAUCAUUUAUUUGGAAUUUAAAUAAUUUUGAGGAAAUGGAAAAAGUACUAUCAAAUCCUUUAAAACAACCAGACUAUAGAAAUAGAAGAAGCCAUAAAGAUUUUUUAACACCCAUAACUUCAUGCUUACACAAAAAUAUAGACACACCCGAUAUGUUUAUACAACAUUUAGUUACAAAUAUAAAACAUGUUUUAUAUAAAAAAAAUAAAUUAAAUACAGAUGAAAUAUGGUUUUUCAAUAAUAUUCAAUUUAAUUAUAAUGAACAUAAUUUAUCAUUUAUUAAAAAUGAUAUAUUUGAUAAUGUAGAUAAAAUAGAUAUAAGUUUAUUGAAAGAAAUUGUUUAUUUUUAUAUUAACAAUAGUCCUACACAAAAUUUAAGAUCUACUUAUUUUUUGGACAUGUAUGGAAAUAGAGUUUCAGAAUCAUUUUACAAUUUUACCUCGUUUAUUAUGGACUAA